GCAAAUGGAUGUGCUUGAGCUUGAGCUUGAGCUUGUGCGUCCCGCCUCCACCACCUGCAGCUCUCCCUCCCCGGCCUCCAUCUUCUCCACCGCCGGCCACCACCACCAGGAACCCGGCUUCGUGUCCAGCGAGGCCCUGGAGCGAUGGCUGGGGAUGGACGACUCCAUGCUGGACGAUGGGCCCCUGCUGGAAGACGGGGGCGACGAGGCCUCGCAGGCCCCGGGCAACGAAGAACGACUGUCCGGCCGGCUGCCGGCGGCACCACCUGCGCCCAAGAGGCGCGGCCGGAAGCCCGGGCCGCGGAGUAAAGGCACGGCGGCCGUCACCCACGUGGAGGCGGAGCGGCAGCGGCGGGACAAGCUCAACCGCCUCUUCUGCGAUCUCCGGGCCGCCGUGCCCACCGUGUCGCGGAUGGACAAGGCGUCCCUCCUCGCCGACGCGGCCGCCUACAUCGCCCAGCUCCGCGGCCGCGUCGCCCAGCUCGAGGCCGAGAACAAGCUUGCCGCGGCGGCUGCCGCCGCCGCCCCCGUGCAGGAGAACCUGGAGGUGCGGAUGGUCGGGAGCGAGGCGGCGGAGCUGCGCCUGACGACCGCGGCGCGCCAUGCCCCCGCGCGCUUCAUGCUCGCUCUCCGCUGGCUGGAUCUGCCGGUGCAGCACGCGAGCGUGUGCCUCGUCGGCGGCAUGACCGUGCAGAACGCCGUCGUGGACGUGCCCGCCGCCGUGCUGCGGGACGAGCGCGCCCUCCGCGCAGCAUUGUUACACCGGCUGCAGCAGACCGGCUAGCUAGCAUCUUGGAUUCUUUGAUUGGGUCGUGGCCCGGCUUGACAUAAUCUGGCACCAAAUCAAGCUAGCUAGCUAGUAGCUGCAUGUCAUUUUCAUCUCGUGCAUCUUUCUUCUUCUCGAGCGUGUGCAUGUCAUUGUCAUUGUUGCUGUCCGUGUUUGCAUUAUUGUACAUGCAUACAGUGCUUAUUAGUGUGUUUGUAUUUGGUGGUGGCGCAUCGACUCAAAAAUAAUGGCUAGUAGAACUUAAACCUGAGGGUUUUUUGAAUUAUUAUUUAGACACAUAUUUCUUGGCAAGUUCUGGAAUUUGUUCCAUCAAAAACUGAAUCGAAGAGCUUCAAUUCCCAGAGAAAUA